CGGCGAGCAGGACACUGACAAUUGGUAGCAAAACGGUCAUGAGCAUCGAGUCUUUGAGAUGGAGAGAAGCUUUUCGAGUCGGGGAUGAACUUGGCUCGGCAUUCGAUGCCGCGGUUGUCGUGACG